UAUGUGGCAAAGAAACCGUGCGAAAGUGUGUGCAACCACGCGUCUAAAAUCUGAAGUUGCAGCCCCCCGACCAAGGAUCGAACAUCUGGUCGUGGUGGUGAGAAAGCGCCGGCAGCAAGCAAGCGGAAGGAGCGAUGGGGUUCAUGUUCCGAGUGAGGCUGUCGUCCUUCUUCGCGGGCGCCGCGACCGCAUCCAUCGGGGGUUUCUACCUUCUCUACAAGGACUAUAUGGUCGCCCAUGAAGCUAUCUCUCGACAGGUAAGAGGGAUUUAUGAAACACUUGAUGAGCGCUAUGAAGCUCUGAAUGGGCGCAUCACAACAUUGGAAAAUCUGAAGGAAGUAGAAACUGCCACACCUGUGGAGGGAUCUGAGUAGAUAAUGUGAUAUUGCUUUUUGGGUGACGAAGGUUUGCUUUCUUGCUAAUAAUUGGAGAUCUCUUCAUUGGUUUUCAUUUUCUGUCAGGUGCAGGAGAGCUGUAGCAUCUCCAAGGCAUUUGGGCGAGGAAAGUUCCUUUUUUCUUUUCUUUUAUUUUACACACUUGAGAUGGUUGUGUUUUCUUGUCCACUGUUUUAUCUUGGUCAAUAAAUCAAUGCACAGAGGGUGGAAUUGAGGUACUUGACUUCGGCUGAUGAUGGAUUGUGCAAUCUGGUGGUUUGAUAGCUUAACCAAAGGGUAAUUUAGUAUUAAAGACCCAGCUUUAUGAAGCGAAGAAAUUGUGUUACAUCACAAAGCUUUCUCUUAUUGC